AUGGCAUCUGCUCAGCCAGGCCUGGCACCACUCGCUGCGCCAGCCGAAGACCCGGCGCAAGGCAUGAUUGAAGAGAAGCAAGGCCAUCUAGUCGAGGAAGAACAUCCAGUGGCACCAGACCAAUUCGAUCCGCAUUUCGAGACCAGUCGCAACGAGAUUUGGGCAUGGUACGGCUACUAUGUUGGCAACAAUGGGUUGACUUUGUUCAACUUUGCGCCGACGGCUGCACAGAAUCUUGUCUAUCAGCAGGCUGAAGUAAAAGGAGGCGCUGAUAACACGAUCCUGAGAUUUGCAGGUGCGGAUAGGACGAUCAAUUCCAUCGUUUUGCUUUGCAAUGGCAUCAGUUUCGCGAUCCAGAUUGUCAUCUUCUUGAUCCUGGGAUCAUACGCAGACUUUGGUACCUUCCGUCCGAACAUCCUUAUCGUCCUCUCGUUGGUCGCGUGGGGUAUCGGCUUUGGUUGGCUGGGCGUCCAUCGAGCAGAGCAGUGGCAGACAGGUUUGGGAUUGUACAUUGUAGGCUUGAUCGCCUAUCAGCUGUGCUUGACGUACUGGACUGCAGCUUUCCCGGGUCUGGCGCGUAAUACUGCUGUGCUGAGGGAGAAGGCCAGAGAAUUCGAGGAUGGGACGAUUUCGAGGGAUGAGUACGAUCAUGUGGAUUCGAUGAAGAGGAAUGAGCUGAGCAAUGUGUCGUUCUAUGUGCAGUCGGUGGGCGAGAUCGUGAUCUUGGCGCUCAUCGUGGGCGUAAUGUUCGGCGUUCAUGUAAACAGGAGCACAGCUGCCAAUAACUGGGGACUUUCCGUCCUCAUCGCAUUCGCAUCCGGCAUCUGGAUCAUUGUCGCUCUGCCUUGGUUCUUUCUGGAGAAGCGUCGUCCCGGUCAGGACCCAGGAAUGAACAUCGUGCUGGCCGGUUUCUGGCAACUUCGCCGCGCCAUGACCCAGAUCUGGCAGUUAAAGCAGAGCCUUUUCUACCUUAUCGGAUACUUCCUCCUUGGCGACUCGUUGAACACCACUGUGACCGUCAUCGGGACCUUACAGAAUGAGAUCGUGGCAUACAACACUUUGCAGUUGACAUAUCUGCUGUUGGUGGGUAUUGCGGCGCAAGCAGUUGGUAUCUGGUCGUUUUGGAAUAUCCAGAAGAGGUGGCAGUUGAGCACGAAGACUAUGUUCAAUGCUGUGGCGGUCGGCAUCAUCUUGUUGGAUAGCUGGGGCAUGAUUGGGAUCUGGACGCAAAGAUUUGGGUUCCAUCAUGUUUGGGAAGUCUGGCUCUAUCAGGUCUUCUAUGGACUAUUUGUCUGUCCUUGGUACAGCUACUCGCAGACCAUGAUCUCCGAAGUCACACCACGUGGAAAGGAGUUCCUCUUCUUCAGCUUGUUCAGUAUCAUUGGCAAGACUUCGAGCUUCAUCGGACCUUUGGUCUCGAGUGCAAUCAUCGACGACACUGGAAACAAUUCCAGCCCUUUCUACUUUCUCUUCGGCUUGAGUGUUGCUAGCUUCAUCUUCCUUCUGUUCUUUGUGGAUGUGAAGAAGAGUCGAACUGAGCAAGCGGCGUUCUUGGAGAGGGAACGAGCGGCUAAGGAGAAGUUGCGUGGGAGCGAGGAGACCCUCUCUUGA